AUGUCACUGUGGUCUCUACUCAGCACCCUGAUCUUGGGCCGUGGCUCUGCCCUCCUCCUUCUGGUCUACCUGUUUAGACUAAGUGUGCGGCUCUGGCAUAAGACUCAGCUUUGGGACCUCCAGCACUGCUCCACAGAUCUAACUGGGAAGACGGCAGUGGUGACUGGGGCCAACAGUGGUAUUGGAAAGGUUGUGUCCCAGGAGCUGGCCUGCCGUGGGGCCCGGGUGAUCCUUGCCUGCCGUAACCGAAAGCAUGGACAGCGAGCCUUGGCUGAGAUCCAAGCAGCCUGUAAGGACGCCUGCCUUCUGCUUUGGGAUGUAGACAUGAGCUCUAUGGCCUCCAUCCGGAGCUUUGCCCGGCAGCUUCUACGAGAGUGUCCUGAGAUACACCUGCUGGUGAACAAUGCUGCAGUCUGUGGUAUGUGCCUGGGCAUGCUUCCCCCAAGCACAUUUUAG